AUGGCACCUUCAACGUCAGAUCUCCAUGCGCAGAUUCUCAAGCAGGAUGCGUUUGAAGACUUGAAGACUAAGCCCGUGUAUUUGGCUAAGGUCGAAGUCAAUGGCGGUGAUCGCUUUACAAGAGAGUUCUUUAACAAGCUAUUGACACCAUUAGUGGAACAGAGUGACUAUACGUUUUCACAGUUGUUGGAGAAGGCCGAUCAGAGUUAUGUGAAUUUGGAGAAGACACAGGUAUUCAAACAAAUAUCUCCUUCGUUCCACAUUGACUAUAUCCUGCCAGUACCCGAAAAGCCUAGCUACAAUAUCGAAAAGCCAAUCGUCGCCAAAGUGAUCUUUGACUUGGAGCCAGCUGAAAUUAGUGCCGGUGAAGCUUCCUUGGGUUUCAAUUCAGAAGACAAUUUGGUUGUGGACUUGGGCUAUGUUAACAAUAACUUCAAUCACAACGCUGAGUUGGUCAACAUCGGAGUCAACUACAGACCUUACAAGCCAUCUGAACAUUUAGUAUCUACUAUGAGAGUGGUUUCCAACUUAAGAAACCCAACCUUCAAGUUUAUUCUCGAUUUGUACAAUUCACACGACAACAACCAGCUGUGGCAGCAAAAUUCUAGCAGAGCUACAGGUGGUGUCAUUGGUGUCUCAUGGUUGAAUCUGGCCAAGACAUUUUCUGUAUUCAAUGGAUUGGCAUUGACGAAAAGAACCAUCUACGAUAUUGAUGACGGUGCACAUGACUCACUAAAAGUGUUUGGUGGGGACUACUUGAAAUCGUCAAUUGUGAGUAGAUUGGCAUAUUCUAACGUUGGACACUUGGGUAGUAGCCACAGCUUCCCAGCUUCAGGAAUCAGUGCAACGCUCUCAAAUGAAAUUUGUCUGGACCAAGAACAGGAGGUUACAACCAACAACCUGACUGUGUUUGUGAAAACCGCAACCACUUUCAACUUGUAUAAGUCCUUCUUGAAUAAUGCAUUAACUGCACAUUUCUUCAAAGAAGCUGGUGCUAUCUACACAAGCUCAACAAGUGGUAGCGGCAUUCACUUGGCUGAUCGUUUCUACUUGGGAGGCUUUAGCUCUUUCAGAGGUUUCGCUCGUAACAGUGUUAACGAACAAGGAGGAUCACAGUUCUACAAGGCCGGCUUGACGCUCUAUUCGAAGCUCCCAACACUUAUACCUGACAAGUAUGCGGUCGAACCCAACCCGUUGAGAUUGUAUGCUACUGGUGCCGUGGGUAGUGUUGGCGACAACGUCUUUAAGGAUGAUGGUGUUUUCAGUGCUGGAGUUGGUCUUAAGUUUUUCAACAAGUGGGCACACUUGGAUGCUGGAUACUAUGUAUCUCAGAGACUCAACAGUAGUAACACAUAUGGAGUUAGAGAUGGAUUCCAGUUGGAGAUUUCUCUCGGAGGAACAACUCGUACGUAG